AUGGCCUCCAAUAAUGAUUACAUGCAACGAUUCCCAAAAAACGUGGAUCAGCUCAACCUCCCCGAUGAACCGGAUCAGUGCUGGGACUUGACCGCGUUGGAGACGCCUUCUCCAGAUUGGACUUUUCUUGACAGGCGACUUGGUACCGUCUGGGAUAUCAGAUCAGUCGAUUCUAGGAUGGCAAAGGUUCUCGCUGCACUACAUUUUUGGGGAAUAUACUGGACAGAUAAGAAAAGACCGACCAAGCCAGACAUUAUGAGGGCUUUGUGGAAACUUUUCUACCACAUGCCAGAAAGAAACCGCCCUAAAAAAUUCGGGGAAAUAUUCGACUUUCGCCGAGAUACUGGGCCCCGUCUCAUGGGAUGGGAGAAUUACGACAAAGAAGUCGGUCCUAUCAGCCGAUUUUAUCCAGAUAUACCCAAUUCUGAUACCCCGGAAGAUCCCACAUGGAUACGCGGAAUGGAUGGACCUAUUGAUCUUCCGGAUAGUAUUAUUGAGCGAUAUAUGCUGCCCCUGAUACCAGGGGUGGUUUCGCGCAAAGGACAGUCACCAGAGGGAAAGGCACCUGCGACCAAGCAGCCGAAGCAACCCACAGGAAGACCAGAGUCCUUAAUAUUCAAGCACCCCUCUAGCAGGCCAACCACUUUGUUCGGCUCUGCGAGUCCAUCACAGAACAAAGGGGCAGCACGGCCUCCAGAGGGACGCAAUUCUACCAGUACGGCUCUAGAUUUACUACCGAACAAUCUAAGGCUCAAAGAGGCCAUUGAGCGAACUAUCCUGGAUCACGCCUACUAUCAUCUCCAGCGGGAUCCCAAUGCCCCGAGACGGAUAGCGGAGCCACAUGCAACUGCCUCAUCCCUCGAAGACCUGGAAAUAGUUCAGAUUGGGACUCAUUCUGCACAUGCCUAUCUCAGACUUAACCCGAGAUCUCUCUAUUUUGAUGCCCAUUCGACUACUCUCUACCCAUACCGAGGGAGAGGUCCAGUCUGGUCUGGCAAUAGCUGCUCGGUGGACUGCAUCAUCGUAGUGGGUAUGUUGCUUGACAUCGGAUGCACCAAUAUCGACCGCCAAAGCUGGAGAUACGGGGAGAUCACUGAGCUCGAAAAGGCUUUCAUCGAGAUCACAAAUGUCAACUGGGAAGCUCUUGAUAUGAGCACCAAUAUCAAGAUGCGAGACCUGUUCAUGAGAAAGCUGUGUGCUACAGUUCCCUCCCUUACAAUGGGGCAGCCCGCUCCUGCGUGGGCUAUCUGGUCUGAGUGUACGAGGAACUUUGCCCAGUUUUACUUUCAGUACUCGAACUUUUAUCAGGCUUGUCCUUGCAACAAUCAGCAGAUCUUGGAGACUGGAAAAUCUGCCAACUGUGUGUGUCCCACCAUUGCGGAUCACGUCGACAACCCCAAGGGUAUAUGGAUGACGAAUUUGAUCGAGGGUUGUUUAUAUGACAGGCGAAAGUCUCCAUGCCUUCACUGUGAUACAGGAGUCGAUGUUUUGGAGAUGAGAAUUGAUGAGCUUCCACCUCGCUUGGUUGUGUCGAAUUAUAUGGGGACCCGAGUCCGCGUCCACAACCACACUGAAGAUGUCAAUUUCCGAUAUUUCGAUGCUGAAGGAGUGGAGAAGGUAGCACAGUAUCGCUGGCUUGGAGGAAUUUACCAUAAGAAUGGCCAUGUGCGUGUCUACUGGACCGAUCAAGAGCGAGGACAUAACGUUGGCGAUGCGAUCCGCAUGUAUGAUGACGAGGUGAAUGGGGGAGUCAUCUUCGGUGGCAUCUCACCUCAACACCCGGCGGAUCGAGUUCCCCACGACUGGACCGAUAUUGGCUUCUUGAUUGGUAUCUAUGAACGGGUCAUCAAUCCAUCAUGGGAUAUGAUAGAUGAUGUUAUGGAUACCGUCACCCACUUUGAAGGUCUGAUGAACGCGGGGAGAUCGGUCUUGCACGAUCACACCUCGUGGGAGCAUGUACGCAUUCAAGUGCCUGAAGAUCCAUCCGGCAUGAAUAUCAACCAGCCUCCUGAGGAUCGCGUGAUACCAGUGGCUACCAAUCACUUCCGUGAACUGAGUAUCUUCCAACUCCCUUUGCCAGUAGAAGUUAGUACGCCGCAGCACUCAGAGACGCCCUUACGCACCCCCGGAGAGCCGGUGGCAUCUUCUACUGACUUGGAGAUGAUUGAUGUAAAUGAAUUACUUAAUGCUUGGCCUCCAGAGAGUCCACAAAACAAAAGCGCUGAGAAACAACCCGCUCAGGGCAACUUAUUCGACUCGAUGCUUAACUCGCCCUCCAUACUCGCCGAUCACCCUGAGAUGUGGCCCAAUGGACCCCCAGGAGAAUUGUGGCAUGGCCUGCCAACUAAUAACGAGGCAUUCAACUUCCCAGCUCUUCCACGGGCCGCGGAUGAAGACAGUCAACCUUUCAGCGCGCCACGGACCCCGAUGAUGGACUAUGUGCAUUGGCCCAGCCCAAAAAUUUCCUCAAAUCAAGAUGACUGGGGCACACGGUCUGGUGCACUCGUACGCUCUAGACGUGGGAGCUCCGCUGGUAGAUCUCCAAAAAGAAUGAGGAGAAGCUCCAAUGUGAGAACCAUAGACCCUUCUGUGCUAUUUUGUAGGGAUAUUCCAAGGGCAAAACCGAGCAUUGAUCCCAGACCAUCUCACAAAGCAAAUCCUGGAAAGUACAACGAGCCUCCUAAGGCCAAGGAGAAAGCACCUACGAAACAAACAAUUGUUCCCAAGAAAGGAUCCAAAGAGAUGAAAGGAUCUGAGAAAAAGACCAACAAAUCACAGGAAGUUAGUGUGGCCAUACUGAGUGUGAGUCCAGAGCCUAGGAGGAGCCUGCGAAAAAGAACAGAGGACGGAGAAAAGGUCACCGAGCCUAAGAAGGCAGUAAAAGAAAAGGCAGUCGGCGAUAAAACCAAAAAUACGCCUGCCCCGAAGACCAAAGGCAAACGUCCCAGUGAGAAAACAAACACCGAGCCUUCCAAGGACAAAGCACGCACAGUCUCAUCUAGUAUGGACAACAAGAAAUCUUUGAAGAAUGCUAGUAAUGCAGGAUCAAAGUCCAAAGAUAUACACGAAAAUAAAUCGCGGGUGACUGCAAACUCAAAUGUGAAGGCAGGACAGUCGAGCAACGUGCCUAGAAAGUCAUCUCGUCAUAAGCCAACAGAAGAUAGGGAAGAAGAAGAAGAAGAAGAAGAGGAAGAAGAAGAGGAGGAGGAGGAAGAGGAGGAGGAAGAGGAAGAGGAGGAGGAGGAGGAAGAUGAAGACGAAGUGUAUGACGAAGAAGAUUAUGACUUUGAGGAAUAUGCCAAUGCCAGCUCUUCGCAGGCAGGUCCUCCCGAGCCGAGGCUUUGGGUUCCCAAACCAUCAUCGGGGGAGCUUUUGAUGCGGAAGACUGCGAUCCGGAAUGCAAUGUUACAAUCACCGGAAAAGAGAGCUCGAUUUGCAGAUAAUUUGGAACAGGGUCCGUCUAAGAGAAAGAAGUUAUAG